UACAUAACCCAAACCAUACGUAGGAAGUACACAACAACAGAUCUAGAUCUCCCGUUUCUUAUCCGUGGGAUUCUUCAUCUUUGAUCCUUCGAUCAUGUCAUCUCCCACUUCCGAUCCGUGAGAUUUAUCAUAUUUGAUCCUUCCAUCAUGUCAAUUUUUUUUAUCUUUAUCCUUCAAAUGCCAGAGUCGGGAGGGAGAUGACGCAGGGGCUAGGGUUUGUUACCUUAGGUCCUGAUUUUGGAUCUCCGAUCUGAUUCGUGAAUCUGGCGACAGUGAGUUAUAAAAACGAAGACUAUCACCGCCAUGGAUGUCAUAUUUGCUCUCAAGCGACAGGGCCACACCCGAUACGGCUUCAACGGCUAAGGUGUUGGAAUUUUGGCUUAGAGGGUGCCAUAUUCUUCGUCAUUUUUGUUUUGGAAUCAUCGGGGCAGCUUUUCAUUUUGCCGGGUAUUAGCUUGCUCUCCCAGACUCGUUGGUUUAAUUGGACUGGAUUUCUUAAGGACUGCUCUUAGUGGUUAGUUGGUGUCUUGCUCUAAACGGCUACACCAACUUUUUCACGCAGCACUCUAAUCAAAUAGAGCCCUCUUGAAGCGAUGGUUAUCAACUCUUUAUUCAGAAUCAUACAGAGUAACGAAGAAGGAUCAAAGAAUUCGACUACAGACCAACUUAUACCCUCCUCGAUAGGUACGAGCCUCAACGCUGGCGUGCUGAUUGGGGAAUCUCAGGUACAUAGAGGGUUAACUCAACAUCCUAGAAGAUUAACUUCAAAUCUAGACAGGAGGUUCAGCAUAAAAAAAGAGGACCAGAGUUAUGCAAGAACACCAAAUCCUCUAUCUGUAUUCAAGCCAAGGUUCUGUCAUGAUACAAGGGAGGAGAUUACUACAUAAGAGACGACCAGUAUGCUCAUAUUAUACUUCAGACUAGCAUUUUCUUUAGAAUCCAAACCAAAAGUUAGCAUUUUUGACGUUGUUUGUUUUAUGUGUAAUUUUGCUGGUUGUAGUGUACAUCUUUUUUCAACUUGGUUUUGUACACUGAUAAUUAUUAAUUGUACUUGGUUGGUUUUAAUGCAUGCAUAUGAAUGAAAUGUGUGCUCGCUU